UCUUGGUGUCUAGGUAGGCAACUCCCUAGAUUUUGAGACGCAGCCCUCGCUCGUAUUCAUUCAGUGAGGGUCCUCCCCUCAGGAAUACGACAAAGGCUGCAAGUCUGCAUCGAAACGAGGCAUGGUCUAGCGUGAAGAGCUGCAGCCCAUCCACCACAUCCAGAUCCAGCACAGCAGAGCACAUGAUUGUCUCCUCCUGUUCUUAAAACCAUCAUAGCAUCCUCUAGAAGAGAUGACAAGCCAUUAGAUGUGUGCUUUCAUAUCAACUGUGCUCAUCGGAUACACGCGCACAAAGGUAUACUACAGCUCCAGGUGUUGACAUGGAGCUGGAGCAUUUCGACGAACGGGACAAAGCACAAAGAUACAGCCGUGGGGGUUCACGUGCGAACGGCCUGCCGAGCCCCACGCACAGCGCCCACUGCAGCCUGUACCGAACCCGGACCUUACAGGCUCUGAGCUCCGAGAAGAAAGCCAAGAGGGUCCGGUUCUACCGCAAUGGAGACCGGUACUUCAAGGGGAUUGUGUACGCUAUUUCCACCGAAAGAUUCAGGUCUUUCGAUGCUCUUCUCGCAGACCUCACCCGCUCCCUAUCAGAUAACAUAAAUCUGCCUCAGGGCGUCCGGACCAUUUAUGCCAUUGACGGGUCGAGGAUUACCAGCAUGGACCAGCUGGUGGAAGGGGAGAGUUAUGUAUGUGGAUCAAUUGAGCCUUACAAGAAUCUGGAAUACACUAAGAAUGUCAACCCCAACUGGUCAGUCAAUGUCAGGACCGCAGCAUCGGCACGAUCGCCCACCUCUCUGGCCAGCGCCAAGCCUGGUUCUGUGGAAACCAAGGAUAACAGGGAUUUCAUCCGACCCAAACUGGUAACCAUAAUCCGCAGUGGGGUAAAGCCUCGGAAAGCCGUGCGUGUCCUUCUCAACAAGAAGACGGCCCACUCGUUUGAGCAGGUUCUCACGGAUAUCACAGAUGCCAUCAAACUGGACUCUGGAGUGGUCAAGAGGCUUUAUACAGUGGAUGGUAAAAUGGUGACAUGCCUUCAGGACUUCUUUGGCGAAGAUGAUAUAUUUAUUGCCUGCGGCCCAGAGAAGUUCCGCUAUCAGGAUGACUUCCUGUUGGAUGAGAGUGAAUGCAGAGUGGUGAAGUCGCAGUCCUAUGGCCGUAUUUCUUCAAUGCAGGGCCGCUGCUCUCCCCGUAGUGGUGGACCGUCAAGAAGGAGCAAGUCCCCUGGUUCCAGUAGCUCAGCUAAUGGAACAGCAGGUAGUCAGCUGUCGACUCCACGGUCAGGCAAAUCUCCCAGUCCAUCUCCCACCAGUCCAGCCAGUCUGAGGAGACGAAGGGGCUCUCAGCACAGUGGCUCCUCUCUCUCUCUGGCCUCCACCAAGGUGUGCAGCUCCAUGGAUGAGGGCGAUGGGCCGGGCAGUGAAGCUGAGCUGAUGGACGAUUGUCCUCAGGUUCCUGCUUCCAUAGCCGAGAGGUACAAGGUGGGACGAAUCAUUGGCGAUGGGAACUUCGCUGUGGUCCGAGAGUGUGUGGAGAGAUCCACAGGCCGAGAGUACGCUCUGAAGAUCAUUAACAAGAGCAAAUGCAGAGGGAAGGAACACAUGAUCCAGAAUGAGGUGUCCAUUCUUCGGAGAGUGAAACAUCCUAAUAUUGUUCUGCUGAUUGAAGAAAUGGACACAUAUAGUGAACUCUACCUGGUCAUGGAACUUGUCAAGGGUGGCGACCUCUUUGAUGCCAUCACUUCCUCCAACAAAUACACAGAGCGGGACGCCAGCGGGAUGCUGUAUAACCUCGCCAGCGCUAUCAAAUAUCUGCACAGCCAUAACAUUGUUCACCGUGACAUCAAACCUGAGAAUCUUCUGGUCUAUGAGCACCAGGAUGGAAGCAAAUCCCUGAAACUGGGGGAUUUCGGAUUGGCAACAGUUGUGGACGGACCACUUUACACUAUAUGUGGCACCCCAACCUAUGUAGCUCCAGAGAUCGUUGCAGAGACGGGGUAUGGAUUGAAAGUUGAUAUCUGGGCGACCGGGGUCAUAACAUACAUAUUGCUUUGUGGCUUCCCUCCUUUCCGUGGGAGCACAGAUGACCAGGAAGCUCUUUUUGACCAGAUUCUGAUGGGACAGCUGGAUUUCCCUCUUCCAUACUGGGACAAUGUAUCUGACUCUGCAAAGGCACUUAUUACCUGCAUGCUACAGGUGGAGGUCGACCAGAGAUACACAGCUCUGCAGGUGUUAGACCAUCCCUGGGUCAAUGAUGACAGGAUGUGUGAGAAUCAGCACCAGCUGUCUGUGGCCAGCAAGAUUAAGAAACAUUUCAACGUGGGCCCCAAACCCAACAACACCACAGCAGGAGUAACUGUGUUAGCGCCGGACGAGGGGUUUACCAUCAAGCGUUCAGGGUCUUUGGACUGCUAUCCGCACCCAGGAAUGUUUUGGAUAAGACCACCCCUCUUGAUAAGGAGAGGCAGGUUUUCAGACGAAGACGCCACCAGGAUGUGAAAGCGGCUGCUCCCCGCAGCACCACCGCCGAGUUCACCUCAGAGUCAGAAGACAUUUCCCCAAGCUCGGCCGAGACGGUCCGCUCUCCCACAUCGCCGUUUUAAGACCAAACCCUGGUCUUGGCAGGAAUCAAUGGAAAAUUAUCUAGAAAUAAGGGAAAAUGAACUUGUGAAUCACAAAUGAUAACAGUUUUUGAAUACGAAUGCUUGUCACGAAGAGCAGAUGAGGUUUUGCGAGGGGCGCAAAAAUAAUAUCACACUCUUAGCAGUUUUUAACAUCCGAAAUGAGAAGCCCUUGCCAUUGUUUAAGAGUUUUCUCUUCAUCAUUACAUUUGUUGCUAUGAGGUUUUGUUUUGUCAGUAACCCGCCUCUCUUUUGCGCGUUCUAGUGUUCGAUAGAAAGUAAUGCAGCCAAACCUCCCACUCUGUUUCAACUGAUCACACACAUGCCGUCUAAUACCUAGAAUAAACAGGCGAUGUCUUAGCUUUUUUUUUUUUUUCAGUGACCAAGUCUUUUACUCGUUUUUACCUUUUGUAUGAACUUUAUAUAUUUUAAAAAUUUUAGGUUUGUACAUUUAUUUCAAACUGAUAUCUUAUAUUUACAUAUUUCAGCACUUUCUUUGAGAAACAUGUUUUCUGUCUGUUGGUUAGACAUUAGAAUGUUCUUUCUAAAAAUGGGUGAAGUGUCUGGAUAGUUGAAGCUCUUUUUCGAUGUAUGUGGCUGUAGAAACGCUUGUUUGAACUUAAUGCAAUGCAUGUGAUGGGUGCUGAUGAAUGCUGCUGCUAUGAUCUCUGCUCUGUAAGUUCAGUUCUGUCAGUACCACUUGUCAUGAAGAUCGUACAGCUACUUCCCAGAAUUUGAAUUCCUUCUCAGAAUGUUAAUUUUACGUUAACGAGAGAACCGAAUGUACGGUUAUUGUUUUAUUUUAAAAAGUAGGCUAGCAUAACGGAAAACUUAGACGCACUAAAUGUCCACUACUGAUUUUAAAGGGUAACUUACACUUGGACUAAAAUUGUGCAUAUUUAUCUUUUUUGAGUGGAAUGUAAUAUUUAGAUAGAUUUUUUCCCCCUGCAUUCAGCAGUGUAAUGUCUAAACAAAAAGUCAAUUUGAAUUUCAAUGUAUGUUGUUGUUUUUGUCAAACGAUUGCCAAAUGUGACACGACAGAAUGAUGACUUUUCCACCAUGAAUAUGGACUAAAGAAUAAUAAUGAAAAAGGUAAUUGUGACUUUUCAUCUUACAAUUCUGACUUUUUUCUUAAAAUAAAAGUCAAAAUUGCAAGAUAUAUACUCAGAAUUGUGGGGGGAGAUAAACGCAGAAUUGAGAGAUGUACAUUUCAAAAUGUGAAAAAAAAAACAAAAACAAAAAAACAAUUAUGAGAUAAGCUCGGAAUUGCACUUUUUUUUCUCUCCGAAUUGCAAAUUUAUGUCACAAUUCUGAGUUUAUCUUGCAAUUCUGAGAAAAUUUUAAUUGUAAUAAAAGGGUGCAAUUACCUUGUUAUUGUUAUUAAUUUUCUUCAGUCAUGGAAAUGGGCUCCCAUAUACGAUUUAUGGGCUCAAAACAAGAAAAACUGUAGACAAAUGUUAACUUUUUACCUUAAGAUUGUAAGAGAUUGUAGUUCAUUAUACUUUAAGUCCCUUUUUAAAGCAGUUUAUUUAUUAAACAUAAUUUAUUAAUGUAUAAUUGUUAAAAUCCACAGAAAUUCCAACAUAAGGACCCACUUUAUGUUAAGUGUCUGUAAUACCAGCCUCUAUUCAUGCAGUAACAUUUUCAUUCCUUUAUGUGGUGUUUUGUGUAGUUUGCACACUUACUGUAAAAGGCAGAGUGUGUUUGUCUUGCAUGUGAUCUGAGUGUGAGUGCUUUUAAUAUUCAUUUGCUUUACCAUCGAGACAUGUUGACCACACAGUUUCAGUGAAGACCAGUCUUGGUUAUGUUUGUGCUUCUCAAUAUUUAACAUUGUUACACAGCUUAUUGAAGCCUCCAGCAUGUAAAGGCUUCAGGUGACACUAUGAAGGGGUGAAAAGCACAAAGGCUAAAAGGGUAGUUCUUUAAAGUAUAGCAUGUUUUUACUUUUUAAUUAAAAAUGUAUCUGCUGUGUUUGCUCGUAAAAGUAGACUAGAACCCAAUCCAUGAUCAACCUAUUUUUAAUAGGAUGUAGAUCAAUUCAUUAUAAUAGGAAAUAUUCUAGCUCAUAUGCAAAAUUCGGUGCACAAGCAUUGAUUGCACAUUGUAUAUUUGUAUAGAUGUAUAUCCGCUUGUCUAUUGUCUUUCCAUCAAAUGUCAUUUAGGCUUGACCUUCCAAGUAGCAUUGAACAAUGGUGAAUUCAGCAACAAGCCAAACCUGUGAAUAAAUGAUUCCUCAAGCAGAA